CAAGAAUCAAGAUGGAAUCCCAAGACGGUUAUUAUAGAGAUUCACUAGAAACUUAUAACAGAAUCUAUUUGGUGGUUUGGGAAGAGAAGGAUCCAUGAUAUUCCAUUCCCAUCUUCUCAACAAACUCCCUCUCAAGAAACCCUUUUCUUCAACCAUUCAUACUCACACCCACUCAAACCUUCUCAAACUCUGCAAUCUUUCGAAUUCUCUUUUCCAAAUCAAGCAAGUUCACGCCUUUGCCCUCAUCCAUGGCUUCCUCCCUCACAGCAUCUCCCUCUGCGCCUCCCUCAUACUCCAAUACGCCACCUUUGGUAACCUCACUGCUUCCCUCCUUCUCUUCCAGCAAACCUCUCUGCAUUCCCGCAGCGCCUUCCUCUGGAACACUCUCAUUCGCGCAAACUCCAUUGCUCGAGUGUUUGACGGGUUUCACACUUACAACCGAAUGGUUCGUGCUGGAGUAAAGCCUGAUGAUCACACCUUCCCAUUUGUCCUAAAGUGUUGUUCUGAUUUCGAGCGGGUUGAGAAAGGUAAAGAGGUUCAUGGGGUUGUCUUUAAGCUUGGUUUUGAUAGGGAUGUCUUUGUUGGGAAUACCCUUUUGAUGUUUUAUGGUAAUUGUGGGUUUUUCGGUGAUGCCAUGAAGGUGUUUGAUGAAAUGCCUGAGAGGGAUAAGGUGUCUUGGAACACUGUUAUUGGGUUGUGUUCUCUGAAUGGGUUCUAUUAUAAGGCGCUCUGGUUUCUCAGAGAGAUGGUUGCGGAGGCGUCGGGAUUUAAACCGGAUUUAGUCACCGUUGUUAGUGUGUUGCCUAUUUGUGCGGAGACUGAGGACGAGUUGAUGGCAAGACUAGUGCAUUGUUAUGCUUUGAAGGUUGGUUUGGUGGGUUGUCAUGUGAAGAUUGGGAAUGCUUUGGUUGAUGCUUAUGGGAAAUGUGGGAACGAGAAAGCUUCCAAGCGGGUUUUUGAUGAAAUGGACGACAGAAAUGUGGUUUCUUGGAAUGCUGUCAUGACAAGUUUUUCUUUUAGAGGUCUCUGCAAAGAUGCUUUUCAUGUAUUUAGGUUGAUGAUUGAAGCAGGAAUGUUACCAAACUCUGUGACGGUUUCUAGCAUGCUGCCUGUAUUAACAGAAUUAGGACUUUUCAGGAUAUUCCGGUGUAGCAUCGGCCGUAUUCAACAAAAUGAUAGAUAGAAACACUGUAUCUUGGAAUGCCAUGGUUGCAAAUUUUGCUCAAAACAGGCUUGAAUUUGCAGCCAUAGAGUUAGUGAGGCGAAUGCAAGCUAAUGGAGAAACCCCAAACACUGUCACCUUCACAAAUGUUCUUCCAGCCUGUGGAAGAUUACGUUUCC